ACUGUUUAUUCUGUGGUUAGGCUUGUCUUGACUUGUAUUAGCGUCUGUUUUUACGUGCGGCGAAAAACUUUUUUUAAGUUUAUUCCUGAUCUUCGAAAUCUGUUUCUAAUUAGUAGCUGUUCAUUGAUUACGCUUUACAAUUAUUUUUUGUUGAUUUUGGUUACUUAACCGCUAUCUGCAGUAUAAUACUGUGUGUGAUCUGGAGUCUGGAAUUUAUCUUUCAAUAUGACUAUGGACAUCCGCCCUAACUAUACGAUAUACAUAAACAAUCUCAACGAGAAAAUAAAAAAGGAGGAGCUGAAGAAAUCCUUAUAUGCAAUUUUCUCUCAGUUUGGACAAAUUUUAGAUAUUGUAGCUAUGAAAACACUGAAAAUGAGAGGGCAAGCUUUUGUUAUAUUUAAGGAAAUAUCGAGUGCCACUGUUGCAUUGAGAAGUAUGCAAGGGUUUCCAUUUUAUGACAAACCUAUGAGGAUCCAGUACUCUAAAACAGACAGUGAUGUGAUUUCAAAAAUAAAAGGCACCUUCCAAGAGAGACCUAAAAGACCUAAACUACCAAAAGUCUCAGAUGAAAACAAGAAGAAGAAGAAUAAAGAUGCUAACCGAUCUGUGGUGCCUGGCUUUGGUCAGCCAAGCUUACUCAGCAGUGUCAAUGUGGAGCAGCCUCCCAACCAGAUCCUGUUCCUCACUAAUCUACCUGAUGAAACUUCAGAGAUGAUGUUGUCUAUGCUUUUCAAUCAAUUCCCUGGCUUCAAAGAAGUGAGAUUAGUACCUAACAGACAUGACAUUGCGUUUGUUGAGUUUGCCAAUGAAAUGCAAUCAGCUGCUGCCAAAGAAGCACUUCAGGGCUUCAAGAUAACUCCUACUCAUGCAAUGAAGAUUUCCUUUGCGAAAAAAUAAUUGUUAAGAAACAUACUUAUAGUAUAAAUAAAGUUUUAAGUAUUUCAA